AGCCACGUGCACAAGCCAGCCAUAGUUGAACUGAAAAAAGGAUCUUCCGCAAGCCGCUUGCGCCUAUGACUGUUUGCGUGGUGAACGGACCUACGAUUGCCUACUACACUGGCCAUGCCCCUGAGCCCUCCCAGCAGCUGGCUCAGUAUCUAAGCCAUACACCCAGCUACUACCACUUGGACGUGAAGACGACAAGCGCCUCCUUCCCGGUUACAAAAACCGUUGAGGAACCGCUGAUCCGUGUGACGAUUGCCUCGAUGGCCGGUGCCGAGGAGGUUGUGACCUUGAAGCCAAGCAUGAGCGUUCAAGAUCUCAAGGAGCGCAUCACACAAUCACGCCUCGGGGCCAACGUCCAGGUCUCCGAUAUGCGGCUCCACCAUUUGGGCUUGCAGCUCCAAGAUCUCAAGCAAACCUUGCGCAGUUGCGGCGUGCAAACGGGGAGCACGGUGCAGAUGGUGGUGGUGAGCAAGGAGAAGGCUCCACGGAAAGCUCGGCUGUUUCUCCGUGGCACGGAGAUGAAGGCCUUUGAUGUUCAUUUGACCAUCAGCGUGAGGGAGGCGGCCCAGGAGGCCCGGGCCCUCUGUGGCAUGGACGAGUCCUACGUGCUCACCUUCCGAGGACAUGUUCUGGACGAGAGCAUGAGCUUGAAAGAGGCAGGAGUGGAAAUGGGGAACGUCAUGAAGCUGACACCACGAGAGGAUGCACAUUGCUGAUUCACGAGGCGUUUGCGCCCGCGUAGUUCGCAACGAGCCACCGGUGGACUCGGUUUUCUUCAUGGGGCACCGGUGGUGGCUGGGCGCGCCCUCACCCUCGCGGCCGUCUUGGGCCGAAACGUGCGGAUGGGUGCCGGCACCUGAGGUACAGAUGCUGGGUGACCGGCGAGCCAUCCAUUUUUAGGGCUGCUCCAAGGUAGAAUUGGUGUUGGAGAACAUGAUCAUGGCUGUCUCCGGUGG